AAGAGGGAUUAUGAAGGAGAUGCAGAAUAAGGCAGACUUCUUCUUUGCUGAAAAUAUCUCUGAAGAUGAUGCCUUCUUGUUAUAUGCCACUCUUCAAUCAGGCAAGCAUUGCAAGUUUGUUACUAGAGACUUCCUCCGGGAUCACAAGGCUUGUCUUGCCGACAGUCUGACGCGUCAUCUGUUCCGUAAGUGGCAGCGUGGACACCAAAUAGUGUUCUCCCCCUCUGUAGAAGGAAAGCGUAUAAAUUUUUUGCCUGCUUUCUGUUAUGACUGUGUGGUACAGACUACAGGCGAUACAUGGCAUAUCCCCUAUAAAGACACUUUUGAGGAAAAAUAUUCCUAUCGAGUACCAAGAAAAUGGCUCUGCAUUCAACAGAAAUGAAGAAGAAUAUAAUUGCACAAGCUGAAGCUGCUUGUUUGGUUGGUUUUUUAAUCACUGUUGCUGACUAGGAGAACUCAGCAGUACAAUUAUGGGAUUAAUGUGUGAGGCCUAUAACUAAAGAAAAUUCAGUAACUGCAUUUUGUCAAAAUCAUUCCUGCAGUAAAUCAGUUAACAUCAAUGGUGGUCCAGCAGGGAUGAAUUAGGUCCAUUAUUUCCAUCUUUACAGGCGAUUUCUGUAGCCUCUCAAUGUGAUUUGAAUUAAAACUUGUUUUUCCCUCUUGGA